UCCCACAGAAAUGAGAACAGAGCACCAAACCCCAGAAAGGAAGAAAAGGAUGAUGUGAUCAUGCUGUGGUUCAGAGGAAAAAGCUGUUUGUGGUCACGUCACUAGCAAAACUAUUUUCUGAACAAACAUCUGAUCAGAAGAGCAAGGACACAGAUCCGGUGUGUAUGCGAGAGUGACAGUGUGUGUGACGUGCUGCACAUCACUAUCUGGUAAAGGGGCAAGAGUGUGACGUGAGACAAACAGGCAAAAUGGAGCAAAGCAUGAAGGUUCUGCUUUGGGUUCUUUUGUCCAGUAGCAUGUUUAUUCUCACAGGAGGUUCUGAGACAGAGCGGAGGUUGUUGCAGGAUCUAUUUGACAAUUAUAACUUGAAGGUGCGUCCAGCUCGAGCCUGGAAUGAGACCGUGAUGGUCAGAGUCGGGAUGACGUUGGUGCAGCUGAUUAGUCUGGAUGAGAAGAAUGGAGAGAUGGCAACCAAUGUAUUCAUGAACAUGGAGUGGUCUGACUACAGGUUGUCCUGGAAUCCAAAGGACUACGACAGUAUUGAUGUUAUCAGAAUACCGCCAACCAAAGUAUGGCGCCCAGACAUUUACCUAAUCAACAAUAACGAUGGGCAGUUUGACGUGGCUCUUUAUGUGAAUGUGCUGGUUAAUAGCGAUGGCACGGUUUCCUGGCUGCCUCCAGCUAUAUAUCGCAGCUCCUGCUCCAUUGAGGUGGCCUAUUUCCCAUUUGACUGGCAGAAUUGUACAAUGGUGUUUCGCUCAUAUACGUAUGACGCCUCAGAGGUGGACCUGCAGUACGGCCUGGAUGAGAAUGGAAAAGAGAUUCAUGAGAUAGUCAUAGAUGAAAAUGCUUUUACUGAGAAUGGAGAGUGGCAGAUCUGCCAUAAACCCAGCAGGAAGAACAUCCAGGAGGACCUCUAUGAAGACAUCACCUUCUACCUGAUUAUCAAGAGGAAACCACUCUUUUACAUCAUCAACAUCAUUGUGCCCUGCAUCCUUACUAGUGUGCUGGCUAUAUUUGUGUUCUAUCUGCCACCAGGGGCAGGAGAGAAAAUGACUCUGUCCAUCUCUGUUCUUAUUGCCCUCACUGUCUUCAUGCUCCUGCUGGCUGAUAGAGUCCCUGAGACAUCUCUGGGAAUCCCAAUUAUUGUGAAUUAUGUGAUGUUUACAAUGAUCCUAGUGACCUUCUCAGUCAUCCUCAGUGUUGUGGUGUUAAACCUGCACCACAGAACCCCCAGCACACAUUAUAUGCCCAACUGGGUGCGCAAGGUGUUCAUCAACUUCCUGCCUCCUUACCUGGGUGUGCUCAGACCUCGCCCAGAGGAACCUGUACAGAAGGAGGAGCCUAAACAGGACCCUCCCAUAUCCCAUUUUGACCACACCUUCCGGCCCGGAGGAGAAUAUUUCAUCCGCAAGAUUAAUCCUGAACUGAUCACACCUUGGAGGGGAAGUCACUCUGACAACACGGUGCAGCUCCAGAGGCUUUUUGACAGUGACAGCUACUGCCUCAUCCUGCCUCCUGAUCUUAAAUCCGCCAUCGCUGCUAUCACAUACAUGUCUGACCAGCUAAAAAAACAAGAUUUGGAUGAUACUAUGACUGAUGACUGGCAGUACAUCGCCAUGGUUGUAGACCGCCUCUUCCUCUGGCUUUUCAUUAUUAUCACCACCCUAGGUACCCUUGCCAUGUUUUUGGAUGCCAGCUUCAAUCACACACCUGCGGACCCUUUCCCAUGAGUGUAUCCCACACACACCAGAUCAACCUGAAUAAAAGCACACACUCACAGACUCACAGACACACAGUAUCACCACAGCAUCACUACAGCAUCUAUGAUAACAUGGUCUGUCUCUACAUUUGCACCAUCUUUGCCUUAAACCUGAGAAAAAUAUUUUACCACAAACUUGAUAUUUUUAUCUUGUAGUUCCUAGAACAUGUCAGAAGGGAGCAGUAGAGUCUGGGUUGUGUGGUACAGUCAGAACAGUCUUUAGUAUUGUAUUUUGUUCUAGUUGUAAUCUUGCAUGGACACGUGAUCAAAUAAUUUCCUACUUGUGUUCUUCCGAUUCCGUGGAUCCUAUCACUCAUGUCUUUAUAUAAUUCCUGAUUUUUCCUUUGCUAAUUUAAAGUGUCACAGAGGUGGGUGUGUAUAGGGAACAUAGUCACUCUGGUAAAUCAGAGGAAAUAAUAUUUUGUACAUUAUGAAGUGUCUGAUUAAAAUGUAUAAUUUAUUGUCUUUCAAUCAGUGUGAAAAUGAAAAAAAUUUAAAAUUAUUUCUGAAUAAAAUAUACUCACAAGACACUUUAAUAGGAACACCUUUACAUCAGCUCAUACAUACAGCUUAGGAUUCACUUCACCAAGUUUAGAAAGUGUGUUCAAGCAGAGAAUACACCGACUCCAUAUAUAACCUUAGAAAAGAUGUUUUGUCUUCUUUCUCUCUCUCUCUCUCUCUCUCUCUCUCUCUCUCUCUCUCUCUCUCUCUCUCUCUCUCUCUCUCUCUCUCUCUCUCUCUCUCUCUCUCCUCUUCUCUUUAUUCCAUAACUAUGAUCAGGAGUGUUGGACAGUAUACAUAUGGUAAUAAUAAACUAGUCAAGACACCGUUAUUUAUAUAAUAAAGUUAUCAAAAUUAUGAAAAUGCCUGUCUUUAUGCAGGGAUGCGU